GAACAAGCUUUACAUAAUGAAGAAAUCGAAGAAGAACCUCAACCUCCACCUGAAGCAGAAAACGCAGAGCAACAGCAGAGACGCAGAGACAUUCAACGGAAGGUCAUGCACCUUCAUCGUGUGACAGGUCAUGGAUCAGUGGCAAGUUUGGUACAUGCACUUAAAGCCCGGGGAGCAGCAGAGGAUGUUAUACAAGCAGCGCGAGAUUUACAAUGUCCAACAUGUCAGGAACAUCGUCGACCUGCCCCACGACGACAUGCAACACUAGAGACUUUGCCGAGGAAGUGGGAACGCAUCCAAAUUGAUCGUGGAGACUGGACACAUCCAGUACACCGUCACAAACUCAGAUUCGUCAUGAUCAUUGAUGAGGGAAGUCGCUUUCGAGCAGGCCGAGUACUAUCAGGUCCCGCGCGACGUGCAGGAACAUGGGAGGACAUACAAAAGGUUUACGAACAGAUUUGGUUGCCGACACAUGGUGCGCCGGCGGCCGUUCGCGUUGAUCCAGCUGGUCCUUGGAUGAGUCACAAGGCGGAUGAUUAUUUCGCAGAACGAGGUAUACAGCUCGAUCCCAUUCCAGCAGAGGCACAUUGGCAAAUUGGUGCAGUGGAGCGAGCGGUACGGAAUUUGAAGUCCGUUCUGGAGGCCCUGGCACCGGAGUUUCCCGACAUGCGCAUGUUUGAGACGACAGACGAGAAACCGCUGAACAACGACGUGUUUGAGGACGGUGGCUUCGGACAGAACAUCCGGGCAAUGUGUUUAGCAGAGAAGGCGUUUAUUGACGAGCAGGCCAGACAGCGA